UCCCUGGAACUGACCAAAGACUGCCUCCACAGCAGGGCCCGCGGCCACUGAGACGGUGGUGUGGUUCAGCCCCAUCCCUCUGUCCCCAGAGGUCCACCCCCCUGGAUGGGGUCUGAGGACAGAGCUGUGGGGGCCCUCAGAGGCCUUGGGGCCCCCUCCCUCCUUAGAGUCCUCAAGGCCCUCACGGCUGCCCUCUUGAGCCUGGUGUCCAUCACAGCCCAGAGGGCACAGAUCCCUCUGCCUCGUCCCCCUCAUCCCAGGUGGAGACUUGGGUCCCUAUCCUGCAGGCCUGUGCUGACCGGGGCCUUCCCUUCCAGCCACACACACUCACCUGGGUCCAUGGCCGCGGUUGGGGAGUGGUCCUGUGCACGCUGCACCUUCCUGAACCCGGCCGGCCAGCGCCAGUGUUCCAUCUGUGAGGCCCCCCGGCACAAGCCCGACCUCGACCAGAUCCUGCGGCUCAGCGUGGAGGAGCAGAAAUGGCCCUGCGCCCGCUGCACCUUCCGGAACUUCCUGGGCAAGGAGGCCUGCGAGGUGUGUGGCUUUGCCCCGGAGCCCGGGCCCAGUGCCUCCCUGCUGCCUGUCAUCAAUGGGGUCCUGCCCAAGCCACCCACCGUCCUGGUGGAGCCCAAGGGCAGCUGCAAGGAGGAAGCGGGUCCAGUGCGGACAGCAGGACUGGCGGCCGAGGAACCAGCCGGGGGGCGGCCGGAGGAGGAGGAAGAGGAGGAGGAGGAGGGAGCAGCAGAGCCUGGGAGCGGCUGGGCCUGCCAGCGCUGCACGCUGCACAACACGCCGGUGGCUAGCUCUUGCUCUGCCUGCGGGGGCCCCCGGAAACUCUCACUGCCCAGGAUCCCUCCUGAGGCCCUGGUGGUCCCUGAAGUCAUGGCCCCCGCUGGCUUCCAUGUCACACCUGCCCCACCCCAGCCUGGCGAAGGCACCGAGGCCGACCCUCCCUCUGCUGCUGCCCAGGAGCCCCCGCGGGGGCUGCCCUUCAGCCCCUUCUCACCCACCCUGCAGAACAACCCCGUGCCUCGCAGCCGCCGCGAGGUCCCUCCUCAGCUGCAGCCACCUGUGCCUGAGGCCGCCCAGCCCUUGCCUUCUGCAGGCUCCAGGGGGCCCCCCCAGGGCCCAGGGUGGGCUGGGGCCGGGGCCUCCCGCCUGGCAGAGCUGCUGUCAGGCAAGCGGCUGAGCGUGCUGGAGGAGGAGGCGGCUGAGGGCAGCCCCGCAUCGCGUCAGUGCGGCUCCUGCUCCGCACCUGGCCCCGCGAGCCCUGCCCGCUGUGAGGCCUGUGGCACCACACCGUGCAGUGAUGUCAUCGACCUGGCUGGUGACACCGUGCGCUACACACCAGCCAGCCCCUCCAGCCCCGACUUUACCACCUGGUCGUGCGCCAAGUGUACGCUCAAGAACCCCACAGCGGCCCCCAGGUGCACGGUGUGCGGCUGCUCCAAGCUGCAUGGCUUCCAGGAGCACGGCGAGCCCCCCGCCCGCUGCCCCGACUGCAGCGCUGACAAGCCUGGCCCCUGCUUGACCCACAAGGCCGGCUGCCUCCUCCCUGUGGCGCCGCCCGAGCGCUCAUGCCAGUGGGCCUGCCCUGCCUGCACUCUGCUCAACGAGCCCCGGGCCAAGCACUGUGUCGCCUGCCACACGCCCCAGCUCCUGGUGGCCCAGCGCCGCGGUGCCGCGCCCCUGAGGCGCAGGGAGAGCAUGCACGUGGAGAAGCGGCGGCAGACAGAUGAGGGCGAGGCCAAGGCCCUCUGGGAGAACAUCGUGGCCUUCUGCCGGGAGAACAGCGUGAACUUCGUGGAUGACAGCUUCCCCCCUGGGCCCGCGUCUGUGGGCUUCCCUGCGGGCGACAGUGUCCAGCAGCGUGUGAGACAGUGGCUGCGGCCCCACGAGAUCAACUGCUCCGUCUUCAGGGACCACAGUAUCUCGUGGUCCGUGUUUCACACACUCCGGCCCUCGGACAUCCUGCAGGGGCUGCUGGGGAACUGCUGGUUCCUGAGUGCGCUGGCGGUGCUGGCCGAGCGGCCCGACCUGGUGGAGCGGGUGAUGGUCACGCGCAGCCUGUGCGCGGAGGGCGCCUACCAGGUGCGGCUCUGCAAGGACGGCACGUGGACGACGGUGCUGGUGGACGACAUGCUGCCCUGUGACGAGGCCGGCUUCCUCCUCUUCUCGCAGGCUCAGCGGAAGCAGCUGUGGGUGGCCCUCAUCGAGAAGGCGCUGGCCAAGCUGCACGGCUCCUACUUUGCCCUCCAGGCAGGGCGCGCCAUCGAAGGCCUGGCCACGCUCACCGGCGCCCCCUGUGAGAGCCUGGCGCUGCAGGUCAGCUCCACUAACCCCCGCGAGGAGCCUGUUGACACUGACCUCAUCUGGGCCAAAAUGCUGAGUUCUAAGGAAGCUGGGUUCCUCAUGGGCGCCUCCUGUGGGGGGGGCAACAUGAAGGUGGAUGAUGCUGUCUACGAGAGCCUGGGCCUGCGCCCUCGCCACGCCUACUCCGUCCUGGAUGUCCGUGAUGUCCAAGGCUCCAGGCUGCUGCGCCUCCGGAACCCGUGGGGCCGCUUCUCCUGGAAUGGUAGCUGGUCGGACGAGUGGCCACACUGGCCGGGGCACCUCCGCAGUGAGCUCAUGCCGCAUGGCAGCAGCGAAGGCGUCUUCUGGAUGGAGUACAGCGACUUCAUCAGGUACUUCGACUCGGUGGACAUCUGCAAGGUGCACUCGGACUGGCAGGAGGCGCGUGUGCAGGGCUGCUUCCCCACCUCGGCCAGCGGGCCCGUGGGGGUCACGGCGCUCACGGUGCUGGAGCGCGUGUCCCUGGAGUUUGCGCUCUUCCAGGAGGGCGGCAGGCGCGCGGACGCUGUGGACAGCCACCUGCUGGACCUGUGCGUGCUGGUGUUCCGCGCGUCCUUCGGUAGCGGCGGCCGCCUGAGCCUGGGCCGCCUGCUGGCGCACAGCAAGCGCGCCGUCAAGAAGUUCGUCAACUGCGACGUGAUGCUGGAGCCCGGCGAGUACGCCGUGGUGUGCUGUGCCUUCAACCACUGGAGCCCCUCCGCGCCCGGACCCUCGGCUGGCGCGCACGCCUCCAGCCCCACCGCGGGUGUCCCGCGCUGCGCCUCGGAGCCACCUGGCCACGUGCUGGCCGUGUACAGCUCGAGGCUGGUCAUGGUGGAGCCGGUGGAGGCCCAGCCGACCACACUGGCGGACGCCAUCAUCCUGCUCACCGAGAGCCGGGGCGAGCGGCAUGAAGGCCGCGAGGGCAUGACCUGCUACUACCUGACGCACGGCUGGGCGGGGCUGAUCGUGGUGGUGGAGAACCGGCACCCCAAGUCCUACCUGCACGUGCAGUGCGACUGCUCCGACAGCUUCAAUGUGGUGUCCACGCGCGGCAGUCUGCGCACCCACGACAGCGUGCCGCCCCUGCACAGGCAGGUCCUGGUGAUCCUGUCCCAGCUGGAGGGCAACGCUGGCUUCUCCAUCACCCACCGCCUGGCGCACCGCAAGGCGGCCCAGGCCUUCCUCAGCGACUGGACAGCCUCCAGGGGCGCCCACAGCCCCCCACUCACGCCCGAGGUCGCUGGCCUGCAUGGGCCCCGGCCUCUGUGACAGCCCUGCCCUCACCUGCCCGCUCCCCACCGCACUUUACAAGGGAGACCCCAGCAGAGGACGCUUGAACCAGAAUCUCAGGACCCCACCCAGGGAGCUGCCAGCCUCGGGGUGCACCUUCCCCUGGGCCUUCCUUCCUGUCCCAGGCCUCCCGGCCGCCUAGCAAAAUACCUCGAAUCCACCUCUAGUGCACAGGGGCGCUUCUCUGACCGGCCCACCUCGAGGUCAUGUUCAGACCACCAUUGCCGAGGUGAGGCUGCCUUUCCCAGUGGGCCUGGGGCCUCCUGUCUGGAUGAGGCAGUCAAGAGCUCCAUUCACGAAACCAAAUCUGGGCGGGUGAAAGGCCAGGACAUCAGGGUGAGAGCAGGAAUCAUCCCCUCUGUGGGGGUCAGGCUAGGACCCUGGGGUGAAUGGGGACCACCCCCGUCUGUGGGGGUCAGGCUAGGACCCCAGGGUGAGCAGGGAUCACCCCCUCUGUGGGGAUCAGGAUAGGAGCCCGAGGCGAGCGGGGACCACCCCCUCUGUGGGGGGGGCAGGCUAGGACCCCGGGGCGAGCGGGGACCACCCCCUCUGUGGAGCACAAAGUCAGGAGCUUUCUCCCCCCAGCUUGCCCCCAGAGCCCAUCUAACCCCUAGGAGGCAAGCAGGGUUCCUGGAGUCCCAGCAGUGUGUCUCAGGAGGCAGGUGCCUGGUGGCCAUGGGCUCAGGGCGGGAUGGGGAGGGUCCCAGCUGCCCCUUGGUGAACUAUGCAAUUCCUGGAGCAUCCACCAGGACCGAAGCCAUGCCCUGGAGGCUGCGGGUCAGGAGCUGUGAGUCGGGGCCAGGCCCACUCUGCCGUUUGGUGAGGGGAGUUGUCCUCAGCACCACUUGAAAUUUGCCAGGAGGACCAGGGUCCAGCAGAAAUCUGUGGCCAGCCCUGUCCAGGCACACGCAGGGCACAGCCCCCGCCUGCCCCAGAGGACA